AUUUACAAUAAUUGGCAUCAUGAUGGGUAUCUCAAUGACCAGCGGGUGAGUCAGGCACAAGUGGCCGGCCCGGUUUAAAGCGAGAGAAGCUCCACUGCCAACAAUCCCUAUCUCUCUCUCUCUCUCUAUCAUUUCCGAUCCGCUCCAAGGCCCGCCAUUUCCGAUCCUCGGCUUUUCUUGCACUGCAAACUGCAUCAUCUUCAUCUUCGCAAUGCGUCUGUCCAUCUCCUGCGACAGCUGUCGCCGGUCGAAGGUGAAAUGUGUGCACGAUGGUCAGCCCCCGUGUCGUCGAUGCCACCGCCUCACUCGGGGCGCCUCGUGUCUCCUCACCGAUCCACGCUCCCCCUCGGCCAUGCGAACCCCUCGACCUCGCCAAACCACCUCAUAUACCACCAGUAGCACGCUUCGUCGACCAAGCAGGGCGAAUGCACUGUCUCCCGGCCCUAACCCCGCCCCUAGCCCUGGCCUGCCCUCUCCCCAAUCCACGCCCAUUGCACCCCUAUCCACCGCCACCCUGAUCACUGCCUGCGAUGUCUACCGCAAGCGGUUCCCCGUCGUCAACUUCCUGCACUAUCCCUCGCUCAUUGCGGACCUCUCCAGCGAUGCUUCCACCGUCGAGCCGGUGUUCCUCGCCUCGCUCCUCUCGCUCUGCGUCCGCUUCAUGACCGACGACAACCUCGCCUCCGAGGAAACGUACGCCAACUACGCGCGGACGCAGCUUGCCCACCGCGCCUUCGAGGCCCCCUCGCUCUACCUCGCGCAAUCCCUCGUCAUGCUCUCGCUCUAUGAAUGGGGCUCCAGCCGUCCCUACCGCGCAUGGAUGUACAGCGGCAUGGCAACAUACAUGCUCCAGACCCUGCUGAAAACCGCCGACGACAGCAUGGAGCACAACCCGGAGGAAUUUCACGCCCCGGCCACGCAGAUCGCCUACGAGCAGCUGGUGCGCACCUAUUGGUGCUGCUUCGCGCAGGACUGCGAGCUCAGCUCGGGGGCGCGCCAGCACAUCGCCCUCUCCUUCCGACAGAUCCUCGUCCCGCUGCCCAUCAGCGACCAGGAUUUCACCUUUGGGCGCGGGGGCGCACACCGGUUGAUGCCCAGCGAUAUGACGCAGGGCUCGUCGCGCGCGAAGGGGCUGACGAUCGAUCGGGGGCUCAGCAUCGUGACGCGCGGCUUCGAUAUCUUUGUGCGGAUUCUGCGGUUCGCGAACGAGAGUCGACGGGGCCGGGCCUCGACGCCGCAGGACGGGUCGGCCCGGAGGAUGUGGACGACGCUGAAGGGGGAGUUGGAUGAGUGGCGCGAGCUACAGGAUGUGACGGUCCGGUAUCCCGAGACGAGUGCGCAGGCGCAUGUUGCGUUGGGGUAUGGGGAGUUGUUCGCUUAUAUCAAUCUGGUGUAUUUUAUGAGCCUCCUCUUCCUCUACCGCGACUCCUUCCUCUCCACGGCCACGGUCACCCCGCUGGCAACCCCCGACACCGCGGACCCCGAGUCUGCCAUCAUCCACCUCUUCACCGCCGCCCAGCACAUCGGCAGCAUCAUCGCCGCCCUCGACGCCUCCGGUACCCCCGUCAUCACCUCAUAUGCCGGCUACAGCGUCUUCGUCGCCGCUCACAUCAACAUGUACGGCACGGUCGUGCCGUCGCGGUACCCCGGGGGUCGCCUGCGCGCGGAGCAAGAGAAGAAGCGGAAUUUCGAGUACCUGGAGCGACUGUGUCGGUAUUGGCUUGUGGGACAUAGUUGGUGGCGCACCCUUCAGGAAGCGAACCGAUUCUACUCCACGGCCAGACCACCCGCUAGCCUCUCGACCGUGGAAUCAACAGAACGGACAAUUGGGCUGAUGGCGGAACGACCGGAUCACUUGACGCUGGCGGGCACGCUGGAUGAAUACGGGGACAUCCGGGUGUCGAGGCCGGAGAUGGUGGCAGCUAGGACCAGGAGUAGCGGAGGUAGUGCUGAGAAUAGCGGCAAAGCUGAGGGGAGUUCUGUGGCGACUAGCAGCGUCGUGUUGGGGGCAACAGGGACGGCGACCGCAGGAGCAGGAACAGGCUCGGCGGAGUACGUCGAGCAGCCGCUGGGGUCAGAAAUGGUGCAGUGGCCCUUCCUGGACGAGAACUGGUCACUGGGCUUUGAUUUGGGCUUCGAUGCCGCGUGGCCUGGGCUAGGCUAGGGCCGUGACUGCGGUCUAGGGCUACAGCGAAAAUAUAUGUGAUAGUUAUGCGUUUAUGACUCUAUCAAGGGCAAUAGCGUACGACUCGUUAGUAAAACAGGUUAUACUAGUCAAUAAAAGUCC